ACAAUGUGCUUACACCAUGAUGUUUGAUAAUCAAUUGUAGGGUACGAAAUGAUUGAAAGAAUGGCAUACUAUGGGAUAGCAUCAAAUCUAGUAUUGUAUCUAACAAAGAAGCUUCAUGAGGGCACUGUCAAAUCUUCAAAUCACGUGACCAACUGGGCUGGUGCAGUCUGGAUCAUGCCAGCUGCCGGAGCUUACAUAGCCGAUGCCUAUCUUGGCCGAUAUUGGACUUUUGUUAUAGCAUCAGCCAUUUACCUUCUGGUAUAUAUACACUAUUAGAAUUUUAAGAGUGAGUCUAAUUCUUACUUUAAAUAGAAAUAACAACAUCUAGGAAGAUAAAGACAUAUAAAUCUAUUGUUUUUAAGAAUUUGGAUUGGAAGUAAUAUCAUCUUAUAUGGGACUCACGUUGUCUUGUUAGUGUUAUCAGUUAGAGAUAACUGAGUUUUAGAUUGUAUGUCGCAUGGAGAAUGCUUAGAAUAUAAUGGUUUUUAUCCAUGUUAUAAUUAUAACAUAUGUUGCAUUUUAACAUUAUAAACGGAAAUGGUCUUGUAUUUUUGGUUGCAGGGAAUGUGUUUGUUGACGCUAGCAGUGUCACUACCAGGAUUGAGACCACCAGCAUGUGCUCCAGGAGUUGCAGACCAAGAUUGCCCACAAGCAUCCUCAUUGCAAGUGGGAAUUUUCUUCGUUGCCUUGUACAUCAUUGCAGCAGGAACAGGGGGGACCAAGCCCAACAUUUCUACAAUGGGAGCAGACCAAUUUGACGAGUUUGAACCAAAAGAGAGGUCCCGAAAGCUUUCCUUCUACAAUUGGUGGGUGUUCUAUAUUCUAAUUGGAACCAUUUCAGCCCAAACUCUCUUGGUUUACAUACAAGACAGAGUUGGUUUUGGCCUUGGUUACGGGAUCCCAACCGUUGCUCUAGCCGUUUCAAUAUUCAUGUUUCUGCUAGGAACUCCUCUUUAUAGGCAUAGAUUACCCUCUGGCAGCCCUUUAACCAGAAUGGUCCAGGUACUUGUGUCUGAAGUGAGGAAGUGGAAGGUACAUGUUCCACAUGAUUUAAAUCAGCUACAUGAGCUCAGCAUGGAAGAGUAUUAUGCAAGUAAAGGGAGAACGAGAAUUUAUCACAGUUCUUCAUUAAGGCUAGUAAUCAAAUUUUUCCUCUUCAAAUUGUAUAUUUCUUUUGUUUAUUGUAACUUGACAAAUGUGUGCAGAUUCCUAGACAAAGCUGCAGUGAAGACAGGCGAAACAUCACCAUGGAUGCUUUGUACUGUGACUCAAAUUGAGGAAACCAAGCAAAUGAUGAAAAUGGUUCCUAUUUUGAUCACUACGUGCAUUCCAAGCACCGUAAUAGCUCAAACCACCACACUCUUCAUCAGACAAGGCACCACACUAGACAGGAGAAUGGGACCCCAUUUUGAAAUCCCUCCAGCAUGUCUUAUAGCUUUUGUGAACAUCUUCAUGCUGAUAAGCGUUGUGAUCUAUGACCGUCUUUUCGUUCCGGCAAUCCGGCACUACACCAAGAACCCCAGAGGGAUCUCCUUGCUGCAGAGACUUGGAAUUGGACUUGUGCUACAUGUUAUCAUUAUGCUCACUGCAUGCUUUGUUGAGAGGAAGAGACUCAGUGUGGCAAGAGAAAAGAACCUUUUAGGCCAGCUUGAUAAAAUUCCUCUAACCAUUUUCAUCCUCCUCCCUCAGUUUGCUUUUACAGGAAUUGCUGACACCUUUGUUGAUGUUGCCAAGUUGGAGUUCUUCUAUGAUCAAGCACCAGAAGCCAUGAAAAGUUUGGGAACCUCAUAUUUCACAACCACCUUGAGCAUUGGAAAUUUUCUUAAUAGUUUUCUGCUUUCAACUGUCGCUGAUCUCACCCGCAAACAUGGUCACAAGAGUUGGAUUUUGGAUAAUCUAAAUGCUUCCCGUUUAGAUUAUUAUUAUGCAUUCUUGGCUCUUCUCAGCGCUAUCAAUUUCUUUUGCUUUGUGGCUGUUGCCAAAUUGUACGUCUAUAAUGUUGAUCAAACACAAAUCAACAAGGACUUGGAUAUGAACACUACUUCACCUCAAGCCAAUACUGAAAUAGGCCAAAGUACCACAACCAGAUAACUGAAGGAAUAAGGUGAGGAAACAAAGUGCGUGGUAGACUAGCAUUUGUUAUCAAUUACUUUCAUGAA